UCUAGUUUGCUGUUAUCAUACUUUUGCUCCGUUAGGUUGAAUGAAUAAGGUUAGUAUUUUAAUCAAUAUAUUUCUAUGCAUACUAGCCUUAUGCCUUUUAUCAACCAUUUACUGAGGAGAAAUAUAAGCUAUAUCAACUCAAAUGACCUUAAUUAAACUAUAGAGUGCAUCACCUGGUUUUGCAUAAAAAGGCCUUAACUUUAAAUUAUGAAGAAACGUCAAAGUUGAAUUUAAACUGAAAUAUGCUUCAGCGAACCUUUUUUUCUCUUGACAUUAAAAUAGAUCUUACGAACAAUCUCAUUACUGAACUAAUAAGGGUAAAUGCAAAGAUGGAGCCAAGAUAGUACACCUUCAAAAAAAUCAUCUUACAUUGUGCCGGUGUCUGCUUUUAUAUUCUUCAAGAUGUCAAAGGCUGGAAUUAUGCGGUACCAUUACACGAAUAUACAAUUACGAAACUUCCUAUAAUAUGAUAUGACAUCGCCCCAUGACCCACCCGCCUUCAACGCAGUGUGUUAUCAUACAAUUUAAUCGUUGAAGUCAACGUUUCAUUCAGCUUUACAUCCCGACUAGAACGUGACUACCUUGUACGCGGAAAAUUUGGAUAUAAUGAAUGAAGUUGGGGCUGUCCAUCCGUCGUACAUUGCUAAUUGUGUUCUGAACGCUAUCACAGCUUACACCGCUAUCGUGUUGAACGUAAUCACAAUUCACGCGAUGAGAAAAACAUCAUCGUUGCCAAGUCUGUUAAAAGUACUUCUUCUAAGUCUUGCGGUGUCCGAUCUUGGGGUUGGUUUAGUGGUGCAACCGUUCUACAUCGCAUGGCUGGUAAAACGUAUACAACAGAAUAGUGCUUCAACAGUGAGUAAUCCUAGUUACACAAUGGACACCGCGUUUUUAACCAUCAUGAAUCUCUUUUCCUGCGCUUCGUUCUUCAGCGUUUUAGCCUUGAGUGUAGACAGAUUUCUGGCUAUCCAUCUUCACCUCAGAUAUCGAGAAUUUGUCACGUACAAGCGUGUUGUUUUUGCGGUAGUCUCAAUAUGGGUGUUCAGCGCAUUUUUUUCGUCAAUUAAGUUAUGGACGCCAGCGAGUAUUACCAAGUCUUUAACGGUUGUUGUCGCCCUUCUCUUCGGUCUUUGUUUUAUUUGUACAACAGUUAUUUAUUACAGGAUUUAUUUAACCGUGCGACGCCACAGACAUCACAUUCAAUCGGUACACGAAGAACUGGUAGCUACUCAGAAUGACGAAAUAUCCCUGGAAAUAUCUGGGGAAAUAUCUGGGGAAAUAUCAACCAAUGUCGUGACCGUCAGGAAAUCUGCGCUUGGUACCUUCUACGUAUAUCUCGUAUUUAUGCUCUGUUACAUGCCAGGGUAUUGUAUGAUGAUCGCCCGAAUGAUCGCCUCUGAAGCAAAUAUCGCCAUGAAGGGGUUUGACCCAUAUGCUUGGACACUAGUGUUUGUCAAUUCAUCUUUAAACCCUGUUAUUUACUGUUGGAAGAUGAGGCACAUUCGACACGCUAUAAUGGACAUGCUUCGAAAUAUCCUGGCUAAUCGAAAUUAAGGAAACCCGAGUUUUGGUGAAUUAGUGACGAGCAUUUAUAACAAGAAACAGAUGGCAUGUUCUAUAUGGUAUCGUUUUCAAUUUUUUUUACUCAUAUUGUUAUUCAGCUAUACUCGGUAGGGAAGGAAUGUUAAAACUGCACGAAACGAGUAAUUAAAUUGGAAAUCAGUCGAAAACUGAGGUUAGUUGGAUAAUCAUAGAUACAAAUGUCGAGUAAUGUGUUUAGUGAUGCCACACAUUUUGUCUAAUCGCUAUAAAAAUUGAUAACAUAAGUUUGGAAACUUCUAUAGUGCUAAACUACCUAAAAUCUUUUUAAGUUAAGGUAGUCAGUUAAGGUAUCAGAAUAGUUUCGUGAUAGCAUAUGUGAUUUUCAGGCAGUCGUAAUGGAACUGAAUUGAAUUUUAGCUGGGAACAUCUCGUUGAAACCUUCAAAUCUAUCUUUAUUAGCUUAAUGAGAGUAGUUUUGUUAAAUUUGCUUCCAAUCCAAGUGCCAGAAAGUGUCGCUGAAACUCAGUUUUGAUGUUUCUUGAACAUAUCUUAAUUUCAAGUAGUUUAUGAACCAGGGGAUUACAUAUGUAACUUGAGGUGACGUUGUUUAUAGCUUGUGUGCGGCCGAACAUUUAGUCGUUUGAGUUAAAUUUCCUCAGAUCUCUUUCUAGAAAAUAGCCAAUAAUAGCACGUAACGGUAGCAUGGGUAAGUGGAACUAAAAAAUAUAAAUUAUAUAAAUGCUGGCGAAAGAAAAAGAUAUCAUCGUAAAUGCUAAUGAUGGAUAAGUUCAUUAGGUGAUAAAUGAAAAAUAUCUUACAAUAUUAACGCAUAAAAAACCAUUUAAAAUCAUAUAUACUAAGUCAAGCAUUAACCCUUUAACCCCAGAGAAUAUUAAUUGGCACCCAGUGCUGUUAAUUGGUCAGUGUUUGGCUAGCUUAUUUUUCAGUUUGUAAAUAAAAUUGUACUUUCCCCAAUAUAGCAUGGUUAUAAUGUAACACCCCCAUAUGGCAUGGUUGACGUUGUCCUGCCAGCAGUUGGUUUCUCCCACGCCGAACGUUCGGCUUAGGAAGAAGCCAACUGAUUAAAAGGUAGGUUGAGGUAAACCACUAAACGGAUGAGGGUUCGAUCAUCCGAUAAGCAAUAUUAUAGCUCAGGGGUUUACCAGAUGACAAACCUUUUCAAGAUUUCUCCGACUACAUUCAGUUUUAAAUUUAUUUCUACCAAAGCUACAGCUCCUUUAAUUUUACGCACUACACUGGGCCAAAACCUUUUUUUUAAAAGUGAUUUUAUCAUAGAUGGACAGCUGCUUUAUUACCUUUAACUUUGACAAUAAUCGUGCUUAAAUAAAAUUAUCUUAUCUUAUGAUUAAGAUGGCGGAUGUAAAUUUUAAUUUGCAUGCCAAUUUGGCACGGCAUUUGCUUGGUUCUUUAAGUAAAAUAGAAAUAAAAAAUAGCUAAGAUAAUAAAUAAUAAUAAUAAUAAAAAACUCGAAAAGACUCGAACUGAUUGUUCUCAAAGAAGUAAAGGAAUCUUUGAAAGUAAAGCUGUUUAGUGGUCAAGUUUCAUUACGCCACGAUUUUGUGAUGUCAUCGGAAUCGGAAGAGGAAACCAGACAUACAAUAACCGACCUCCGCCUUUUGAUAAUAUGAUUGAUUUGAAAUGAAAUACAACCCCUCCGGAAAUACAAUUUGUCGCUUGGAACUUUGCAUUAGGUUCUUGAUGUUUACUAUAACUGAUAAAAUAAAGUCAGCAAGCGGGCGAUUUCUAAAAGUACGUGCAGAAUUUAAACGUAAAGCUACGCCACGUUUCUGUAACAGCCUCACACAGAUGUGACUGAUUCUCGUGCCAGAGAAGCCGAUCCCUCCCAGCCGACGGGGCCUAAGCACAAGUAAAAGGUGGUUCAAGAGACACAUGAUUUUUCUGGAUAGAUUCUUGGACGAAGAUUCCCACUGAUUCAGCGCUUGUUGUCCUUCCCGAAAAUAUGCACUAACUGAUGUCUUAUACUAAACCGUUCAUUUACCUGCCAACUUUAACAGACUUUUUAUCUAGGGAGUUUAAAACAUGUUCUGGCUGGAAAUGGCAUUGAUAUGCUACGUUUUGUAGGGCUUCAUUGAAUAUUCUCUACAUAAGCCACCUUUAAACUUAAGCAGCGUCCACACUACGCCGGAGAAAUCUGAAAACGCAGCUUUUAUUUGUACGGUAAGGCCUACCGUCCACACCAA